CAACAGUGAAAAAAUCCCACUGCUUUACGACCUCUGUCCACAGUGCAGACAGACCUAAACUCCUCUCUCCGACCGGACCUCUGUUUCGUUUCAUAGUUCCACACAAAAAGAAAAGAGGGAACGCAAAUUAUAAGAAAAUAAAAAGAAAUGAUUCUCCAGAUUUGUCUGAAAAAUCCCAACAUGAACAUCUCUCUCUCAUCAUCCAUCUCCUACUCUCGUCCCCUCCCAUACAAAGCUCCGAGUUUCAGCCUCAGCCAAUGUUCCGUAAACCACAAUCGGAGGCUUAGGCUCGGGAUUUUCUGUUCCAUAUCCCAAUCCCAAAUCCACAGCUAUGGAACUGUAGACUAUGAGCGCCGUCCGAUGGUGAAAUGGAAUGCCAUCUACAAGAGAAUAUCGCUCAUGGAGAAACCUGAAUUGGGCUCUGGGACUGUCCUCAGCCAGUGGGAGAGAGAGGGAAGACAGCUCUCCAAAUGGGAACUUUGUCGCGUUGUUAAAGAGUUGAGGAAGUACAAGCGCUUUGACCGUGCUCUUGAGGUGUAUGAUUGGAUGAACAACAGAGGAGAGCGGUUUCGGCUAUCCUCUAGUGAUGCUGCAAUUCAAUUAGAUUUAAUAGGCAAAGUCCGUGGUAUUUCCAGUGCUGAAAAUUUCUUUUUGAGUUUGUCGGAUACUUCAAAGGACAGGAGGAUAUACGGCGCCCUGCUUAAUGCCUAUGUGCAGGCUAGAAUGAAAGAAAAGGCAGAAUCUUUGCUUGAUCGAAUGAGAGGUAAAGGUUAUGCCAUACAUUCACUCCCCUUUAACGUGAUGAUGACACUUUAUAUGAACCUCAAGGAGUACAAGAAAGUUGAUGCAAUGGUUUCAGAAAUGAUGGACAAAAACAUUCAGCUAGAUGUGUACUCGUAUAAUAUCUGGUUAUCCUGUUGUGGAUCGCAGGGGUCUGCUGAGGGGAUGGAACAAGUAUUUGAACAGAUGCAACAGGAUAAAAGCAUUAAUCCAAACUGGACCACAUUUAGUACAAUGGCUACAAUGUAUAUCAAGAUGGGGCAGUUUCAAAAGGCGGAGGAGUGUUUGAGGAAGGUUGAGAGUAGAAUCACAGGUCGGGAUCGGAUUCCUUAUCACUAUCUUCUUAGUCUUUAUGGUAGUGUUGGUAACAAAGAGGAGAUAUAUCGGGUCUGGAAGGUUUAUAAAGCAAUCUUUCCCAGCAUUCCAAAUUUGGGGUACCAUGCAAUUAUCUCAUCUCUACUCCGAAUAGGUGAUAUUGAAGGAGCAGAAAACAUUUACAACGAAUGGUUGCCGGUCAAGUCAUCUUAUGACCCUAGAAUUGCAAAUCUAUUCAUGAGUUAUUAUGUUAGAAACGGAAAUUUGGAGAAAGCCACAAGUCUCGUUGACCACAUUAUUGAAGUUGGAGGAAAGCCAAAUUCAGCCACUUGGGAGAUUCUUGCCGCGGGCCAUACUGGAGAGAGGAGAAUUUCCGAGGCAUUGUCCUACUGGAAAGAAGCUUUUGCAGCUGAAGGAGCGAAGAACUGGAGGCCAAAACCUGUUAAUGUGUCCGCUUUCCUUGAUCUUUGUGAGCAAGAAGCAGAUCUUGAAUGCAAGGAAGUUUUGGUGGGACUGUUGAGGGAGGCAGGAUAUUUGAAAGACCAAUCAUAUGCAUCAUUCGUCGGUUUUUCCCAUGAAGCUAUCAAUGACAAUGGAAUAACAUCAGUGGAUGUUAGUUUUGAGAACGACAAUGACGAGAAUAAGGAUGAUGAAUCUGGGAUUCUUUUUAACCAAUUGCAGGGUAGUCCAUGAAAUGAUGAAAUGUCGACUAUUUCACUACACUUUCGGGAACAGAUUUUGCCCCGAGAUGCAUGCUUCAAAGUUUCAAAGUUCUCUUGCAUUGCAAGUAACAGUUGUUUAGCACUCGGGUUACAUUUCUUCUUGUAGCAGCCCCUAGCAAGAUAUGUGCAAAUUGAAACGAAAUCCUUCAUCCUUAUCAAACUGCUUUUAUUAGCAAAAAGGGCAGAACUUACGCCGAUAGAGAAUGGAGCCUAUAUCUAUUGCCUCUGUCCUAUUUUGUAUGCCUUGCCUUAGCACUUUUUUUUUUUUUUUUCUUUUUUUGAAUAGGUGCGUUGGUUAGGCCUUAAUAUGCAUCCUUGUGGUUUAUGGAA